AUGCUGAUUCUGGUCAUAUUAUGUUUCACGGCAUUCUGGUUGACUUCAGAAACCACACCGCCACUUCCUGCCGGUGAACUCUUGUUUGAAGACCGUUUCGCACUCGAAGCGGCAAAAGGUGAAUCAAAAGACAGGCCAAAUUGUGGAAUAUUGGCGGUACGCUGCACUGGAGGUUUGGGCAAUUUAAUGUUCGAAUAUGCUUCAAUGCUUGGGUUAGCUCGAAUGAAUAACAUGACUCCAAGUUUCAUCUGCUCCUCGAACAUUCUAUAUGAUGCUUUUCAGAUUUCCGCUAACCGCAUCGAGGCUGAACCUCAUAACGCUGCGAAAGUCUCCGGAGAACCUUGUUGCAUAUUCAAGAGCGAACUGACACGACUGCAGUGUGGGCACAAUUAUGUUGUCAGUACGUAUCUGCAGUCCUGGAAAUAUUUUCUAGACAAUGAUGCUGAAAUAAGGAGAGAAUUCACUUUUUCAAGGGUUACAAGUCAUGAAUGUCACAGAGUCACUACGGAUGUUCUUUUUGGCGUACAUCUACGAAGAGGCGACCUUUUGUCCAGUGACAAACAAAACUUCGGCCAUUUGCCUGCAAAUGAAGAAUUUGCAGCUAAAGUGAUUAAUGCCUCUUUCAUACCGCGCUCAGCAAAUAUGAGGAAAGUGUUUAUUGUUGUUGGCGAUGACUAUGAAUGGAACAAGAAACAGUUUAAGCCGUCCGCAGACACAUAUGUCCUGAAACCUGUGUCUGCGGCUGUGGACAUGUGCGUCUUAUCGAAAUGUGAUCGAUUAAUUUUGUCCACCGGCACAUUUGGCUGGUGGGCAGCUUACCUUGCUAAUGUAGAAACGUGGUAUUCGGAGGAUAUCUGCAAACUGAACAGUACAUUGUGCACGUUUUUCAAGUCUGCUUUUGGCCCGUAUUGCUACUUGUCCAAGUUCGUACAAAAUUUGUAUCCUUUGCCACGGUUGAUAUUUUCGCAGGAUUGGAAAAUUAAAGCUUCAUCGUUUCGCCUGUUCAGCCAAUUUCCUUCUGUGAUAGCCCGUGCACGAAACCGCUAG